AAGUUGUUUAACUCGCUCCCAUUUUUCUACGACAACAAGAACAACUUAAAGUAGUAAAAAGAGUCACAACAUGUCGCUCCUCGGUCCUGCCCUGCGAAGGGCGGCCGCGGCGCCGCGAUAUAACCCCUUCGGGCUUGGCCUUGGAAGUCAACGAUUCUUCGGUUCCGUAGUGCCUAACGCAGGCGCCGCACCGACAACGAUCGACCAUCGAGCACUAGCCGCCAAAGUAGGUCAUGUCCAGAGAAACAUCAUGAUAUGGCUUGUUUAGCAUCCAUUGGCAUUCGAAGCGAUUAAUGAUUCUGAUUGAAACACCGACUAGGACUCCCACGACAAACUUUCAUGUUCAUCUUGUUCGUGUUGCAACAUUAUCUCUUGAUGCAUGCCUCGUGUAAUUACUGAAAGUUUUAGUGACCACCACAACGAUCUCUUUGUCUUACCUCCGAUAAAUACUUCCACCGACCAGAACCUACAUUUAGACUUUCCUAGUUUCUGGAAAAUGAAGAUGACGAACUUCAAUGUCUCCAGUAUGUUUUCUCUAACCACCGCAGAAGCCCAGCGUUGCAUCAUCAUCGCAGGAUUGGCCCAUAAUCCGAACGUACCUCAAUACGAUACGCCAAUUGGAACACCCAACAACGAUAUGCGUCGUGUGGGUGAAGUGCCACAUGGAUAUCGCUUAUGACGGACGCUCUCUUGUUAUUUUUUGAAUACUACUAGGUAGUAUCUUGUAGAAAAGAAUAUAUACAGGUGCAAUUAUGACUCAGUAUGAAUUGUAUUGAAAGCGUCGCGGAAUCGUCCCAUCAAAGACGAAAAGUUUGGGACUCAAAAUCGGGUCGUCAUGAUUGGGAAAGAACGCCCCCACAGCUGCUCAUCAUGGUCAACAACAUUCCUACAAAAAUUUCUAUUCCACCUGCCUCGUCCCCAUUUUCAUAAUCCCAUACGCAUUUCGUGAAUACUCAGCACACGCGGAACACAACGCAGUACACGAAGAAGUUACUCCCGAUCAUCUACUUUCACUUCGUCGAAGUGGUGUGGCUUCUCAUUAUGUACCAGUUUGCGUAAGCGAUGACUCGAGAGCAGCAGAUGUUUAUCUUUGGGCUUGGGGUGCUGGUAAUUCAACUUUCUUAAGAAGGACUACACCUACACGGGGGCGUCACUCGUCAACAGACAUAUUUAUAGUGAUGAGUGAUAUAUAGGGCACAUAGGAUGAUCAGGUGAAGAAGAAUGUCGUCAGAAAUAUGACUUGCGUUCUUGUUUGACGAUGUGCACCUUGUGCCUGCGGUGAAUCAGCAACCAAAACUAACAAAAUAGUCAUCUCUUGCCGAAAAAACGUGCAUACAACGUCGUCGACUCUGAUUUGUACUAAGAUCAGUAUCC